AAUUAAUAAAAUGGAAAUAAAAGCAUACGAAAAUGAUAUUUUUUAUGAUAACAUGGGAAUGAGACUUUGGGAAAGAAGACAUUAACAUUUAGACAAAUAUAUAGAAAAUGAGAGAACAUUAGAUAUUGGAUGCAAUGAUGCUAAAUUUAUUUAAAGAUUAGCACAUUCCUUAGAUUUCAAUUUAAUUGUUGGUUUAGAUAUAGAUCUAGAAGUUCUUAAAAAAGCUAGGUUAUUUAUAAUAUUAAGUAAAGUGAUAACUUGGUUUAUGAUCAAAUCUAAGAUUGUUUAAAAUCAAAUAGAAAAAUAGAAUGUUGGAUAAAACUAUUUCAUGGAGAUGCUUUAAAAAAAUACGAUAAACUUAAAUAAAUGAAUUUUGAAGUAUUUUUUUUAAUAUAAUUUUUAGGUAAUCACACUUAUAGAGGUAGUAGAACAUUUAUAAAUGGAAUAACUUGAUGAUAUAUGUGAAAAUGUUUUUGGUUACUUAAAUCCAAACAGAAUUAUAAUAACUACUCCUAAUUCAGAUUUUAAUGUUUAUUUUAAAUAGCUUAAUCCAUAAUUUGUUUUAAGACAUCCUGAUCAUAAAUUUGAGUUUUCUUAACAAGAAUUUUAAUAAUGGACAUAAGCUAUUGCAUUAAAAUAUAAUUAUUCAACAAUCUAUGAAGGAGUGGGUCAACAUAAAUCUGGAGAAAUUACGAAUGGUUAUGCAUCAUAAAUUUGUAUUUUUACAAAAAUAAAGGAUUAUUAACAUAAUUUCAAAGCUGAUUAAGAUGAUCUCUAAUUAAUUUUAGAGCAUUGUUUACCCUAUGAUAAUCGCACUGAUGAAUAAAAAUUAAUUGAUGAUAUUAUGAUGAACUAUUCUAGAUUUUCAUUAUGGAAUUAAAACGAUCUUGAUGAUUAUGAGUAUGAUCUCUUAUCAACUAUAGAUGAAAAUGAUAUUCUUAUCAGAAUUUAAGAUUUACCUAGAAGUUAAUAAUACUUUGAAUAGAUAAUACAAAAAUAUAAUAAUAGAUUCUCUAUUUAUUAAAAUGAUUAUUUAUUAUUAAAAUUUUAAGUUUAAACUGAUUGA